UAAGAUUGUUUUAUAAGGAGGGGGAGCACAUGUUUUUUUCCGGAUCCGUUGGUUUCUUGUCGAUGGAUGGGAGCAGCAUGCCAUGGCGAAGCGCAAGUGCUCGCAGAGAUGUAUUCUCUCAAUCGUCAAGAUACGAAGAAGACGAGGAGGCCCUCAAGUGGGCUGCCCUUGAAAGACUACCAACAUUCAACCGUGUUCGGAAGGGGAUCAACGAAGGGAGAGAGAUUGAUGUCGCAGAGCUCGGUAUUGGAGAUAAGAAGAAGCUCAUGGAGAGGCUUGUUCGAGUUGCAGAGGAGGACAAUGAGAGGUUCUUGCUCAAGCUCAAGAACCGACUGGACCGUGUUGGGAUUGAGAAUCCGACAAUUGAGGUUAGAUUCGAGAAUCUGGAUGUCGUCGCAGAAGCUUAUGUUGGAGAUAGAGGAGUCCCUACUGCGCUCAAUUUCUUUAGGAACAAUAUCGAGGGAUUGCUUAACGCUCUGCAUAUUAUUCCAAGUCGAAAGAGGCCGGUAGGCAUCCUGCACGAUAUCAGUGGAAUCAUCAAGCCCAGCAGAAUGACCAUGCUUUUAGGACCUCCUGGCUCUGGAAAGACAACUUUGCUUCUGGCUUUGGCAGGAAAACUAAACCCUGAACUGAAGGUUUCUGGGGAAGUGACUUACAAUGGGCAUGGGAUGAACGAGUUUGUGCCUCAGAGGACAUCGGCUUAUAUAAGUCAGCAUGAUCUGCAUAUAGGCGAGAUGACUGUGAGAGAGACAUUGGCUUUCUCUGCAAGAUGUCAGGGGGUUGGAACUCGAUACGAAAUGUUGACUGAGCUAUCGAGGCGAGAGAAGGCGGCAAACAUCAGGCCAGAUCCUGAUAUUGAUAUGUUCAUGAAGGCAACUUCACUAGAAGGACAGGAGACUGUAGUCACAGACUACAUUCUGAAGAUCUUGGGAUUGGAUAUCUGUGCUGAUACCAUGGUUGGAGACAAUAUGUUUAGGGGUAUCUCUGGAGGGCAAAAGAAGAGAGUAACAACAGGCGAAAUGCUUGUUGGACCAUCACGGGCACUCUUCAUGGACGAGAUAUCCACAGGGCUCGACAGCUCCACCACAUACCAAAUUGUGAACUCUCUUAGACAAUCUAUUCACAUCCUCGGUGGCACUGCACUUAUAGCUUUGCUUCAGCCAGCUCCUGAGACCUAUGACCUCUUUGAUGACAUAGUUCUCCUCUCAGAAGGGCAGAUUGUGUAUCAGGGUCCCCGUGAACAUAUCGUGGAGUUUUUUGAAUCUAUGGGCUUCAAAUGUCCAGAGAGGAAAGGUGUUGCUGACUUCUUGCAGGAAGUGACAUCCAAGAAAGAUCAACAGCAAUACUGGGCGCAUAGUGAUGAGCCAUAUCGUUUUAUCCCAGUCAAGGAUUUUGCAGAUGCCUUCCAUUCAUUCCAUGUUGGCCGUAGACUGGCAGGAGAACUCAGCAGCCCUUUUGAGAGGAGCAAGAACCAUCCUGCCGCUUUAACAACCACAAGAUAUGGCAUCAACAAGAUGGAGCUUCUGAAAGCAUGCUUCGCAAGAGAGUAUUUGCUGAUGAAGAGGAACUCAUUCGUUUACUUCUUCAAACUGUCCCAGCUUGUAUUGAUUUCAUUUAUCGCGAUGACGGUCUUCUUGCGUACGAAGAUGCACCACAACAAUGUUAGUGAUGGACUAAUCUAUCUCGGGGCAUUGUUUACUGGUCUCAUCACUCAUCUUCUCAACGGAUUUGCUGAGCUAGCAAUGAGCAUAGCGAAGCUUCCAGUUUUCUAUAAGCAAAGAGAUCUUCUUUUGUUUCCACCAUGGGCAUAUGCCCUACCUACAUGGAUCCUGAAAAUCCCAAUUUCAUUUAUUGAAUGUGGUGUCUAUGUAGCAUUGACUUACUAUGUCAUCGGCUUUGACCCGAGUGUCAAUAGAUUGUUUAGGCAAUUCUUCCUGUAUGCAUUGAUUAGCCAAGUGGCUUCUGGACUCUUCCGGCUAAUUGCGGCAACUGGAAGAACAAUGGUUAUUGCAAACACAUAUGGUUCAUUUGUUCAGCUGGUACUUAUGGUACUGGGUGGCUUCAUUAUUUCACGAAACAAUAUCAGAAAAUGGUGGAUCUGGGGUUAUUGGGCAUCACCCUUGAUGUAUGCACAGAAUGCCAUAGCAGUAAAUGAGUUUCUGGGAAAGAAAUGGGAUCAUGUGGUCAAUGCAACGGCAAGUAACCAAACAUUGGGAGUCCAAAUCAUAGAGUCUCGUGGUUUGUUUGCAGAAGCAAAGUGGUAUUGGGUUGGUGUCAGUGCUUUGUUUGGAUAUAUUCUGGCCUUUAAUGUCCUCUUCAUUCUCGCUCUUAAGUAUCUCAACCCGAUAGGAGAAGGCCAAGCAGUAAUUUCCGAGGAGACUUUAAAGGAGAAGAAUGCUAACAGAACAGGGAAAUUAUCGGCCCUUGGAAAAAAUUCCUGCAGCAGAUCAGAAAGAACAAGAGGCGGAGCAGGGACAAAAAUAGAAACUAUUCAAUAUCAAAACAAGGAGAAGGGAAUGGUGCUCCCAUUUGCACCUCUUUCAAUAGAUUUUGAUAAUGUCAGAUACUCGGUGGACAUGCCCCAGGAAAUGAGAGUUCAAAGUGUGUCCGAGGACAGAUUAAUGCUAUUGAAGGGUGUCAGUGGUGCUUUCAGACCUGGAGUUCUUACUGCACUGAUGGGAGUCAGUGGAGCUGGUAAGACUACUCUGAUGGAUGUCUUGGCUGGAAGGAAGACCGGUGGAUAUAUAGCAGGAAACAUUACUAUAUCUGGUUAUUCAAAGAAUCAAGAAACAUUUGCUCGGAUAUCAGGAUACUGUGAACAAAAUGACAUACACUCGCCUCAUGUUACCGUCUAUGAGUCCCUCAUCUACUCUGCAUGGCUUCGGCUACCUUCUGAAGUUGAUCCUAAGACAGGAAAGAUGUUCGUUGAGGAGGUUAUGGAACUGGUUGAGUUGACUCCAUUGAGGGAUGCAUUGGUUGGGUUGCCUGGUGUUAGUGGGUUGUCAACUGAACAACGCAAGCGUCUUACGAUUGCUGUUGAGCUUGUUGCCAACCCUUCAAUAAUUUUCUUAGAUGAACCAACCUCCGGACUUGAUGCCCGAGCAGCAGCUAUUGUUAUGAGAACAGUCAGGAACACAGUUGAUACAGGAAGAACAGUUGUGUGCACGAUUCACCAACCAAGCAUCGAUAUUUUUGAAGCAUUUGAUGAGCUCUUCCUACUGAAACGAGGAGGAGAAGAAAUAUAUGUAGGACCUCUCGGGCACAACUCAUGUGAUCUAAUCAGUUAUUUUGAGGCAGUCAAUGGAGUUAGCAAGAUUAAAGAUGGAUACAAUCCUGCAACAUGGAUGUUGGAGGUCACUACCAUGGCACAAGAAGAAAUUUUGGGGGUCAAUUUCGCUGAAGUGUACAAAAACUCAGAUUUAUUCAGAAGGAAUAAGGCUUUGAUUAGUGAAUUGAGGACUCCUCCCCCUGGUUCAAAGGAUCUAUAUUUUCCCACAAAGUUUUCACAGUCGUUCUUCAUGCAAUGCGUCGCUUGCUUCUGGAAACAAUACAAAUCUUACUGGCGCAAUCCAUCAUACACAGCAAUUAGGAUGUUCUUCACAACAGUCCUUGCAUUUAUGUUUGGGACGAUCUUCUGGAAUCUUGGAUCCAAGAAGACCACCAUGCAAGGUCUCUUCAAUGCCUUGGGUUCAAUAUAUUCUGGGGUUGUGUUCAUCGGAAUACAGAAUUCUCAGACUGUACAGCCCGUUGUCGAUGUUGAAAGAACAGUGUUCUACCGAGAAAAGGCUGCUGGAAUGUACUCACCAAUACCAUAUGCAGUUGCACAGGUUGCCGUUGAGGUUCCAUAUGCUCUUUUCCAGUCUGUACUCUACUGCAUUCUUGUCUAUUUGAUGAUAAACUUUGACUGGACUGCAGCAAAAUUCUUGUGGUACACGUUCUUCACAUUCUGCAGUUUCCUAUACUUCACCUACUAUGGGAUGAUGGCGGUUGCUCUCACUCCUAAUUCGGAUAUUGCUUCAGUUGUUGCUGCCGCAUUCUAUUUUAUAUGGAAUCUCUUUGCAGGCUUCAUUAUUCCUCGACCCAGGAUACCUGUAUGGUGGAGAUGGUACUACUGGGCUUGCCCGGUAUCUUGGUCUUUAUACGGUCUGUGUGUGUCACAAUAUGGGGAUGAUAACAACAUGCUGGAGAAUGGUCAAACAGUGAAGGAAUUUCUUAAGAGUUAUUUUGGAUAUAGGCAUGACUUCUUGGGUGAGGUUAGCGCUGCAGUGAUUGGAUUUACUGUACUCUUUGCUUUUGUGUUUGCUUACGGAAUCAAAUUUUGUAACUUCCAAAAGAGAUGAUGUCGUCCAUCUUUUUGUUUUUUCACUUUGGUCCAUUAUAUGUGGGGAACAAGAUUAUUAUAAUUCAUUA